AUGUCUACUAUUGAAGAGAACUCCAACGUGUCCAUUUUCAACAAGAACGAGAAGAAGGCUAGAGAGCUGAUCGGAAAGCUAGGUCUAAAGCAGAUCCCUGGCAUUGCCCGUGUUACUUUCAGAAAGAAGAACAACCAAAUCUACGCUAUUGAGAAGCCAGAAGUUUACAGAACUGCCGGCGGCAACUUCGUUGUUUUCGGCGAGCCAAAGGUCGACGACUUCACGCAGAGACUAGCAAAAGCUCAACAAGAAGCUCAAUUGGCUGGCCCAGGUCUACAAACCACUGGUGCUGCCGAGGCUCUAGGUAAGAACCCUGUCGAGACCAUCUCCAAGGACCCUCAAUCCAUUCAGGCCGACAUGGUCGCUGCCGCUGAACAGAGUGCUGGCAAAGAGGCCGUUGAAGAGACCUCUGGCCCAGUCGACGAAUCCGGUUUGAGCGGUGAAGACAUUGAGCUUGUCAUGCAGCAGGCUAACGUCUCUAGAGACAAAGCAGCCAAGGCUUUGCGUGACCACAACUCUGACAUCGUCAACGCCAUUAUGUCGUUGUCCUAA